AUGGUAAUCACUGCUGCUGCUGCUGCCUCGCUGUCGGCUUGCGCUGUCGUCGUCUUGUCCUUUGUCUCGUUGCACCCUUAUUCUCUUGCGAUCAAGGAGCAGCCGCGGCAGGUCAGGGCGUCCGGAUACACCCUCUCGAUUUCGGGGCGAUCUGUCGAUCCAGUUCCGGUGCUCCAGCUUUCAUACCAAGAUGCCAACGGGGAUUUGAUCACGGACGGUCAACAUCCAAGACUGGUUGCCUCCACCAACUUUGUCGUCUACGCCAAGCUCUUCUCUGCAGAUGAGACGCCGAUAGCAUCUUCAAGAGUUCGAUCGUCCUCGGAUCCGUCUGCCGAGCGCUCGAAUGACCGACGGGAGCAGCCGAUAGCGUCGGGCCACGGCCUCAUUGCUUCGCCUGGCCAAGGCUCAAUUCUGAUCGACGAGCUGGAGGAACCGGACUCAGGCUCCAGCAAGGGCCAAGCGAGCCCACUCUUCGGCACCCUGGUCUCGCCGAGCUACCUUGCCCGUGGGCUGGACAAGAUCAUGGGCGUGUUCUUCAUCUUUGGGAAUCUCUGUGUCCGCAUCGAAGGAUCGUUUCGGCUCAAGUUCACCUUGGUUGACCUAAAAGUUGCGGAUGCAAACCCGAAUCCCGUCGUACUGACGUCGGUAAUGUCGGAUGUGUUUGAGUCCUUCAGCUGGAGGAACUUUCCGGGGAUGGCGAAGAUCUCGCCGCUAACGAAGCACUUGCUGGAUCAGGGAGUUGUCAAGAUCGUCCGCAAAGCACAGCCGAUGCGCGGCGGCAAAGGGCGAAAACAGUCCACCGAAUCGCUCGACUCGAGCUGA